AAUUUUAGGAAGCGGAUAUCCGAUCCGAUCCGGUAAUAUAUAUACAUGUAUAUCUUAAUUAUAUUUAAAGUUUUAAAUGUAUAAAAUUAUAUAAUUGUUAUUCUAACAUAUGAUUUGAUAAAUUUUAUUCACAUUAAAGGAAAUGAAUAAAUUUAUGACAAUUAUAAUUUUUUUCUUAAGUUUUGUCUUUUAUAAUUAUUAGCUAAGUUUAAAAAAUUAUAAAAUAUGUAGAUUCACUAUUCAUUUUAAUUUUUAUCUUAUAUAUCAUGCAAAAAAAUAUUUUACAAAACAAAUUUGUAUCAAAAUUUUAAGAUUAUUUACAAUAAUCAAAACAUAUGAGAAAUCCGUAAGUAUUCGUAAAUAUCCGCAAAUAUCUAUUUAUUUUUCGGAUAUCCAUUUUUCUGAAUAUCCGUAUUUUUUUUAAAAAUCGAAAAAUUAGAUAUUCGCAACAUACGAAGCAAAUCACAAAUACUUUCAAAAACUUGGAUAUCCGAUCCGUGUCUAGAUAAUCGACUGAGAGCUUGGGACAGAGGUUUUGUAUAUGAAAAGACGGGUGGAGGCAGUGACAUCGUUCACAGCAAAGCCAGAAAAUUUGUAAACUGGAGAAGUGCCACACGACCGGAUCUGUCAAUCACUCUGGUACUGCAUAUGCCAAGUCCUAACUCUUAAGUGUGUUCGCCACCAGGUCUUUGAACUUCUCCCGAAGACCACUUGGGAAACUCAAACCCACCACACUCCACCUACAAGAACCGUAAGAGCAGCUUCUUCUACAGAACAUCUUUACUCUAACGCUGAGGCUUCAUCUGAUCUGGGUGAAGCACCACCCUUUCCUUCUCCAUCCAAACCAUAGACGAUCCUUCCAAAGUCAAAAAGGAACAGCACAUGCAUAAAGAAAGUUCAUCCGAAGAACACCCAUCAGCCUUAUUACCUCUAGUGCGCCUUCGAAGGAGAGUCUCUAAAGUUCACACGAGUAAGAAGUGACGCUGAGUCACCCACACGCCAAGACUGCUUCACGCGCCACCUUACACCACUCUUCUUACUUCUCUAAGUUGCAAGCCAGCAGGCAACAUCAGCUUCCAGAUCUAUAACAAGAGUGACAAAAUGCAACCCCACCCCAUGUCACUGUCUCAGAGACGAGAGCCAACGAAGCCAAAGGAAAAACGGCUUGUCGAGCAUCAGCGACUAAACCCUAAAAUUCGACCCGUCUCGUGGCCUCGUCUUCACAUGGAAGUGAUGAACAGUUCGUAUAUCAAUGAGAUCAACAAUAUGAAAACAACGUCACUUUGAUUUUCUGAAGUAAUUGUAGGCUUGUAGUCCAUUUUUUAGUUAAAAUUGGAAUUAGGAAAAUUAAUUAAUAAAUAAAAAAAUACAAAGAAUAAUAAAAAAGAAAUUUAUUAAUUAAUCCAAUGACAUUCUAUUAUAAAUGUUGUGCAAAUAUAAGAGUUAAUCUAAUUUUGUACUCUUCUUUUAAUAUAUUAGAUAGUUCCUGGAGAGCUCAGUGACCGUGUGAUCAAUUGUCAAUUGAAUAUCUCAUAGGAGUAUUCUUAAAUAUACAUGAUUAUUAUAAUGUAACUUUAAGUAAUUACUAUAGAUAAAUAAACUAAAUAAUAUAUGGUUGAUUAACAUUCUAGUUCAUUAAUAAGGAAAUUUUUUUAAAGAAAAUUCAUGAAUCCCUAUAACUUACGAAGUUUUCCAUUUUCUUAUCUGAAUGUUUGGUCAUUAAUUACUAAACUAGAUUUUGACCCGCGCGCCCGCGCGGGUAUUAUUUUCCGAUAAUUAUGUUCGUUUAAUUUGUACUACUUUAGUUCAUUGUUGAGACAAUAUAUUUUGUUACUUUUUUGUGUUAUAUAUUUUUGUUCUUAGAUGUGUGUUGGAUCAGUCAUGUUAUUAUAUAUCUUUUUUAUAAUGUAAGUAUGUAUUAAUAUAUCCUCAAAUUACCAUUAUGUAAGUUUUUCUUUGUAAUCUAAUCCACAAAAGAAGAAAUGAUUGAAAAUAGUUUUAUUAAAAGGUAUAUUUACUCUUAUAUUCAUAAGGUUAUCUAAUCCUAAACUUUGGUUUUAAUAAGAUAGAUGGGAGGAGUUUUCAGGGUGAGGUUUAAUAUUUUAAAAAGUAGAACAUAAAUAUUGAAAGUUUUUAAAUAUUUAAAAGAAUUUUAGUUUUUAAAAUUAUUAUUUAAAAAUAUAAAACAAUGAGUACAAAAGUCUUUUAUGUUUUUAGUAAAACAUAUUUUGGUAGUUUUCUUCUUUAAAAUUCCUUUUUAUGUUAAAAACUAAAAAUGAUUGUUUAAAAGAUGUUACCAUUUAAAAAUUGUAUCUAUGUAUUGUAUAUUGUAUCUAUGCAGAUAUUUUUGACCACAUAAAAAACCCAUAUAUUAAUUUGUACAGAAAGUAAAUAUAGUUUAUUUUUUAAAAUGAUAGUUAAUUUGAUAAUUAAUAACAUUGGGUUGACAAAAAAAUAAUAAUAAUAACAUUGGCAACCGCAAAAUAAUACGUUCUUGGGCUAUACUAUAUUAUUUCAUCAUUAAUUAUCCAAUAAAACUUAACAUUAUGGCCCAAAACAAUUGUAACAAAAACCCCAUUUAUAAUGAUUUUUAUUCUGGGAAAAGCAAACAAAAAACGUAACUACUUUAUUGCUCUGUUUACUUUUCUCUUGGUCGCAGCGAAUCUCCGUCUUAUCUCUUCUUUGAUGUUCAUUAAAAUAAAUCGCAAGUAUGAGAAGAUUGAAGAAUCAGAUCCACGCUGAGAGCAACGAUUUUAUGUAUGUCAACUCCAUUCACUCAGUCAAGAAAAUGUAUAAAAGAGAUCUCUUUCCCACUAGUAGAUCUGCCAUUAACCUCUCUCUUCCGAGACAUGCAAUCAAAAUCCUAAUCUUGUCUUAGAAGGAUAAAACUUCCUUUUUUCGAGAAACCAAGAUUUCAAUAAGAACAAAAAGUCAAUGAUCGAGUGAUUUUGCCUGGGUAAUCUUUAUGGUGUAAUGGAAAAUGCAAAACAAUUGAUAUAACAAAAGGCGACGGCUAGAAGAAACCGACAACAUGUUAUUUGAUCUUCAGACUAUAUUCAUGUGGCUCAGCGUCAUGUCUUAGCCCAGUGAUCAAAUCCCUGGAGCGAUGUUUGUGAGGAAAAGGAAGAUUCAAUCAUUGAUUUUCUGUGUCUCAGCUAACCUUCUAAUGCGCGAGUGAUUCAAAGAUUGGAGACUAAUGGGUAGCUUUAAACUUGCGACCAGCAAUGAAAGCAGAGGAUGAUGAAUAAGUGAUGAUGAGUGAAAUCACGUGAUGAUGCAAGUGAAUCAGAAUUGAGGAUCUGUCAGAGAUCAAAGGAGGAAAGGAUGAAUAUUUUCAUUAGGCAAAUGAUACAAAGAGAUAAAGUUCUCAAAUGUUAUUAUGGUAUGUACGCAUAGGAGAGUUUUGGGGAAGAAAGAAUAAACUCCCGAUUAAAAAUCUAGACAACACCUUUGUAGACCAGACUCUGCAUUACAGAACACGGUCGAUAUUGACCUCCUGCCCCAGUUAUUUUAACGGUGUCAACGACCUUCCAUUCACCAACAGGACGCACUCAAGAGUAUCACCAGAAAAACUGGUGCUUUGUUUCCACGAAUGAAGAAGUUUGAGGGUUAGACGCCAUUCAUCUCGGUAGUCAGACUGGAGUUAGUGACAAUGGAACAUUGUGUGAUGGAAAUCUUGAAAUUAUGGCCCGAAAGUCUGUACAUCCCAAUAGCCGGGUAAACAGAAAAAUUCUCGAGGAACUUCCAUUGACCGACUUGCAAAUUCUUAACACGAGCAAGGAAGAUCCUCUUACAGUGAUCUCUCGUGUAAGAGAGUUAACCAUCUCUUCUGACAUUCUCACGGUCCAUCGUAAGUUCUCCAAAUCGGAAUCAUUACCCCAGUUUCAUAAACUUUCUUUCUUGAGCGUCAAGGCUAUCAAUAACUUUGGAUUCUGGGAACAUUUGCUAGUUUUUCUUGAGAAGUGUCCAAAUCUAAAAUCCCUUGUCAUGGACUUUAAAAGUUAUAACUAUGGAUUAAACUUUUUCGAUGUGCCUCAGUGUGUCUUAUCAUCGCUUGAGUUUGUUGAGGUAAGAGCAAAGGACAUGGCAGAUAUGAAGAAAAUAGGGAGAUAUUUUAUGGCUAAUUCAACAGCACUCAAGAAAUUCACACUCCGUUUAGAUCAGAUAGAAGAAGAACAUUAUGUGAUCCUAAACGAGCUCUUUGCAUUGCCAAGACAAUCUAUGGAGUGUGAAGUUGUUGUUCGCUGUAGAGCUUUUGGAACAUGCAAGCCCUUUUCUUUGUUUACUUGUGCUAACGGUUUCUCCUGAUUGGAAGUCAUGUACUUUAUAGGGUUUGAGCUUUGCAGGUCAUUUUGUGUUCCAUAUUUUGGGAAGUCGUAAUAGGCGCUGCCUAAUUAGGAAUCUCAAUGAAAUAAUCUCCAAGGCAGGACAAUUAACUCUGCUAUUUACUUUAUGCUCUGCUUAACCAUAUGAUGUUUCAGUUUAUAUUUUUCAGAUACUAAAACAAUGUGAACCUGCAAUUAUAUAUUCCACCACAUUCUGAUGUA